CUGACUGGCGGCACUGACUGGCACAACCCCUGGGCACUGACUGGUGGCACUGACUGGCAGCACUGCUGGGCUGCACUGGUGGGUGGCACUGGUGGGCAGCACUGGUGGGUGGGCACAGGUGGGUGGCACUGCUGGACACAGGUGGGUGGGCACAGGUGGGUGGCACUUUUACCACAUCACGUGAUCAGCUGUGUUCGGACACAGCGGAUCACCGAUCAACGGAAAGAGCCGAAGAUGUUGGCUCGGUCAUGUGAUCAGCUGUGUCCAAUCACAGCUGAUCACACAGCCGGUGACAGAUCUUGCCACAACAUGGCCUUGUGGGCAUGCGCAAGGCGCAAUCCGGGAAGGACAUCAUAUGAUGCCCACUCAGAUCGAUGAGAGUCCCACUCGGCCGUCAUUCUACUAUUGGCCGGGUGGGAAACGUUUAAUAUUAAAGCUUGAAGUUCCUUCAU